AUGAGACGCAGGAAGUAUGCUACUACGUCAGACUUCCCGAGCAGAGAGUACUCAUGGCCGACCGCUACAUCAUUUACUCCAUACGACGUGUUCAAUCUGCAGCGCGAUGCCUCAUACUCGAAGAACCGAUACUAUGACUUGGUCAAGAUCUACCAUCCGGACCGAUCCUGCAACGACCCUCUCUCGAGGGAGCUGACCCCUGAAGUCAGACUGCAACGAUAUCGAAUUAUCGUUGCAGCCCACGAAAUUCUCUCCGAUCCUAGCAAACGAGCCGCCUACGACCUGCACGGUACGGGCUGGGUCCACGGGCCGAAAAGAUACAACACAGUCGCCGAAGCGACGGCAGAGUGGGGACCGUACGGAUCGACAAUCUACGCCAACGCGACAUGGGAGGACUGGGAGCGUUGGCGUAAUCGUGAUCAGGGCCCGCAGCGGCAUCUUGUCGACCACCGUACCUUCACCCGGCUCGUCGUCCUGCUUCUCUUGUUCGGGGGUGCUGUGAAUGCGUCGUGGAUCGGGCAUGUGAACAAUGGCUAUGAGCAGCGGCUUCAGGAGGUCAAUGAGCAGUCUACGCGUCUCCUGAUCGGCCGCCGGCACAACACCGUUCACCAGAUGGACUCGAACGAUGCUCGUGUCCAGGGCUUCUUGAUGCGACGGGAUCCCUCGGGCUCGGGGCUCCAGGAUGGGGAGCAGUCUAUAUACCAGAAGGAACUCACCCCUCGUAGCGCUGGCCCGGCUGGUCCGGAGCAAGCGCAGAGGGUCGAUGCGGAGAAAUCGGACUCUACAUAA